CCACAGACCAACCGUUGGGCUACUGGUGAGCUCCUUCCCCUGACAGGGAGCACAGCCGAAGUUCCUCUGGCCUUUCCAACCCACUUACACUUUUCGCAUCUGUCGUGUUAUCCACACUUCGUUCUUCAUACCAACACUCAAAAUCGCACCGUACGUUCUUCACCUGUGGGUUUUUGUCCACUGUUUAAUCAGUCUCGCUGAUUUGUGGAUCACUCGGACAUUCAAGAUUGGUUACCCUUUUUCCUUCUUGUUUCCAAGGAAAACGCCCACAUAUCCUCCUAGCGCAACGGCAUUUAAUGGAAUUAAUGGACGACGUUUCCCGCAGGCGAGCCAAUUUGGAACACUGUCUUCUAGGGCAUGAAGACCCCCAUGUUGCGCUCAGCGACCUAGCGGAGGCCCACUACGACAGCUUCAAAAAAGAGGGUAGAAUCAAGGACUUGAACGAGGCGAUCACCUUGCACCGCGCCACUUUGGAAUUCCAACCAAUUGAGGAUCACAAGCGGUCCUCCACACUCAACGAUCUUGCAGCUUGUCUUUCGAAGAGAUAUGACAAUCAAGGGGUAGUUGCUGACUUGGAUGAAGCCGUGAUGUUUGGACGUGCAGCACUGGAGCUCCGUCCGCCAGGACAUCCCCAUCGUGGUGUAUCUCUUUACAAUCUCGCUUGCUUCUUCAGGAGGAGGUUCCGGAAGCAAGCUGACAUGCGCGACUUGGGAGAGUCGAUCGAGCUGCUGCGUGAAACUCUGGCAUUGUGUCCCCCUAGACAUCCUCAUCGGCAUUCCUUCCUUCACAAUCUUGCUCUCUGUCUCGCAGAUAGGUACCACAACAAUGGGGUACUAGCCGACUUAGUAGAAGCCGUCAUGCUCGGACGUGCAGCACUAGAACUCUGUCCACUGGGGCAUCCUGGCCAUGGCGUAUCUCUCCACUAUCUCGCUGGCCAUCUCAGGGCAAUGUUCGUGCAACAGGCUGCAAUCUGUAACUUGGAAGAGGCGAUUGAGCUGUCACGUGCGGCUUUGGAACUGCGCCCCCCUGGACAUCCUGAUCGUUUUUCAUCGCUCUCCUUGCUUGCUCUCUGUCUUUCUGAUAGAUAUGGCAUAUCCGAGGGAACUGAUGACUUAGAAGAAGCCGUUGCGCUCAGACGUGCAGCGCUGGCACUCCGUCCACCUGGACAUCCUGAUCGUGAUGUAUCCCUCAACAAUCUCGCUUGUGAUCUCAGGAAGAAGUUUCAAAAACAGUCUGCGAUGCAUGACCUGGAUGAGGCGAUUGAGCUGCAUCGUGCAGUUUUAGAACUACGCCCCGCUGGACAUCCUCACCGACCUUCAUCGCUCAACAGCCUCAUUCUCUGUUUUUCGAAUAGAUAUGACCAUCAAGGGUUAGCCGCUGACUUGGAAGAAGCCGUGACACUCGGCCGUGCAGCACUAGAACUCUGCCCACCAGGGCAUCCUGAUCGUGGCGAAUCUCUUCACACCGUGGCUCGUGACCUCUGGAAGAGGUUUCAGAAACAAGCUGACGCACCCGAGUUGCACAAAGCAAAUCAAGCCACGUCAGUGGUCCAUCCAACCAGUCAUCCUGACGUUCCUUCCUCACUCUUCGAGCUCUCACUACACCUCUGGGAUAAGUUUCAGAAGCAGGCCACAUUGGCCGACUUGGAUGAGGCAAUUUGUCUCGCAACAUACGUUUUGGAGCUCCAACUACCAGGUCACCCUGAUUAUGCUGAUUCUCUUCAACAGCUUGCCCUCUUUGUCAGGGAGGGAAUCCAACGGCUGGCCCAGCAAAUGAACUUGGGCGAAGCUGCCCUCCUUAGUCGGGCAGUAGACAAUCUAGGCACCCUUGCCAACUACUUUAGGGAGAGGUCUCACAAUCAGCACACAAUCGCCUAUCUGGGAGAAGCUAUCGCACUGUACGAAUACGUGCUGAAAUUCCGCCCCAUUGGGCAUCCCAAUCGCGCUUCGUCUCUUCACGACCUUGCACAGUGUCUAGCAGAGCGGUUUCGUCGACAACCUACAGCAACUGAUUUGAACAAAGCUAUUGCCCUUGAGCAAGAGGCCCUACAACUAUUCAUACCCGGUGAUCCCGGCUAUGACAUAUCUCGGCGCUGUUUUGUAACCUGCCUCCAAAUGAAGAUCAGGUCAGAAGUUGCCGUGGCAUCGCCCAGUGUCUCACCUGUUACCCACGUUGACAUUAAGGAAGCCAUCCGUAAUGUCGCGUUUGAGAUCUUCAAAACCAUACCAACCAGGCUGCUGCACACGCAUAAUGGCAUCUUGUGCAACCGGGAUGCGCAGAUAUCCCAUUUUAUGAGCAGUCAACAGUACAAUGAGCUGCUGUCAUCCUGCACCAGGUGCGAUCCAGGUCAACGAAAGGAACUCAUCCAUACUGCCCUCUCGAGAUACUUUCAGUUCGUCAUGUUUUCUCACCGUUGGGCUGAAGGUGAACCAUUGUUACGCGACAUCGAAGGCCAACCAAUAUAUGCUAUGUCUGCAAAGGGGGGCUUUGGGAAGCUCCAAGCCUUCUGUGUUGCUGCUUGCGAGUGGGGUUACCUGUGGGCAUGGAGCGACACGUGCUGCAUCGACAAAGAUAGCAGUGCCGAGUUCCAAGAAGCGGUGGGAUCAAUGUUCGCGUGGUAUCGACGGUCCGCCCUGACCAUCGUGUACCUUUCUGACGUUCCCGAUACCGGUUCGUUCGAGAGCAGCGAAUGGUUCACACGCGGCUGGACCCUCCAAGAACUUCUGGCCCCAAAACGCAUAGUAUUCUACACCCAAACCUGGUCGCCCUACAAGAACCUCAAAUCUUCGAACCAUAAGACCGAUGAUGCUGUGCUGCAAGAGCUAGAGAGGGCAACUGGAAUCGAAUCCAGGUUCCUUACCAACUUUUCACCAGGUAUGGAUGAUGCACGUUGGAGGCUCCAAUGGGCAUCACAGCGCCGUACUACCCGGCCUGAGGAUGUUGCCUAUUCACUCCUCGGCAUCUUUGACUUUCACCUGCCUCUGCUGUAUGGUGAAACAGCUGCAAACGCACUUGGCCGUUUGCUAGCCGAAAUCAUAUCGCGAUCUGGUGACAUCUCAGUUCUGGAUUGGGUUGGAGAGCCAUCACCCUAUCACAGCUGUUUCCCCGCUAACAUCAACUGGUAUCAAAAACUAGUACCUUCGUCUCCAUCCCAGUGUAAUGCAGGCGAACAGUCAUCGCCCAUGAGCCCGCAAUCUACGCCACGCAAUGCACUGCAGAAGUUGCGUGCAUUACUCGCUACGCCGCUCUUCUCCCGAUUUCUCGGUGGUCCCCGGACACCAUCAGCUAGCACCGAUCUUGGUCCAGCGGUUCGGCUGCGAACCCCCGACUCAUACGCACGAAGCGACAUGUACGGCUUCCAUUCACUCACUAAGGCGCCCCUACCACGAUUUAUCAAUGGCCGCCUUAUAUUGCCAUGCGUCGUCCAUCAUAUUACUGCUGUGCAGCGCAGAAGGGCAAAUCCGCAUGGUCCGAGUUACAUGUACGGAAUCCAGGCAUCCGGUCUGAGGCCCCUCGAAGUCGCGUUGCCGAGCGAGCUAGAAGAUACGACAAUGACACAAGGUGCUUUGCAGCUUGUACGCCCCUGGCACUCAAAGCUACUUGGUCCAUCUACCGAGCUUUAUGCCACGAUUGAAGAGCGGCUACUUUAUACACUGGGACGGCCGUUUAACGCUCUUUUGUUAAUUGAGCUACCUCACAACGAGUACAAAAGGAUCGCGUCCUCUACCCCCAUUAUUGCUCAGCCCAUGAGCCGAGCAAGUAUUCUGAAAAGCAAAGUUAGGGUAUUCAAUAUCGUGUAG